CACUACAAAUAGAGGCUGAGGAACUCAAUAGACGACUCACUCCUCUCUCAAACUCUAUUUUCCCCCUAAAGAUAAGCAGAUCAAAGGUAGAAAGAAUGGCUGAGGUGACUAAACCCGAAGCUUCUAGUUUGGUUGGGACGCUUGAGACAGAAGUGGAGAUCAAAGCUUCGGCUGGACAGUUCCAUCACAUGUUCGCAGGGAGACCACACCAUGUCUCCAAAGCAUCUCCAGGCAACAUUCAAGGCUGUGAUCUGCACGAAGGUGACUGGGGCAAAGUCGGUUCUAUUGUCUACUGGAACUACGUACAUGAUGGGGAGGCCAAGGUGGCGAAAGAGAGAAUCGAGGCGGUGGAGCCGGAGAAAAAUCUGAUCACGUUCAGGGUUAUAGAAGGUGAUUUGAUGAAAGAGUACAAAAGCUUCUUGCUUACGAUCCAAGUGACCCCGAAGCAGGGAGGGCCAGGGAGUAUUGUGCACUGGCACCUUGAGUUCGAGAAGAUAAACGAGGAGGUUGCUCAUCCCGAAACUCUCCUCCAGUUCUGUAUUGAAGUCUCCAAAGAGAUCGACGAACAUCUUUUGUCCGAAGAAUAGAGGAGAGAAUACUCCUGGUCUGACUAUAGUCCUGUUCGUAUAUGUAUCGUGGGAUUGAAGCAUGCACAGUUUAAUUUCUCUCUUUCAAACUGCAAUAAAUAAAUGAUCUCUGUGUUCGACGUAUGUGAUGGUCUAAAUGCCUUUAUGUAUCUGUAUGUGUUUUGUUUGUUUUCGUAAAUGUUUUUCAAAUAUUAUAUAUAUGCAUGUGAUAUGUCAUAUGAACGUUUGGAUAAUAAGCCUUGUCUUUCA